UACAAAGUGGAAAUAAAAAGCCUUUAAUUUUAAUUAGAAAGUAAAAAUGAUGCAGAAUGAAGAGAAAAUGUUGGAACAUUUAGUAUCGGUGGAGAAAUUAGCCAAUGAAAUUUUAUCAGAUAGACAUGAAAUUGUUAUGCUUGAUAAAAGAAGAAACCAAAACCGUGAAGCUUUAAGGGAUUUGUCUAAAUCAUCUCAGAAGAAAUGUUGGAUUACCGUCGGAUCAGUAUUAAUCAAACAUAAUCUGGAUGAUGCAAGGUUAUUGUUAGAGGAUGAUCAAAAACAACUAAACAUUGAUAUAAACAAGCUUCGAAGUGACCUCAAAGUUAAAGUUAAUAAUCUAAGAGAUUUGGAAAUGCAAAAGCCUAUUCCUGGACUGAUGUUAGCCCCUCUAUCAUCUAAAGAAACAGAGGGUUUAUCAAGUGCAAAAUUGAUGCCUUCCUGA